AUGACAGCGCCCGUCGCCCACCUUGGAACUGUCAAAGGGCCCCCGAGCCAGCCAAGAUCGACGGCCGAACUCGACCCGUUUCUGUGCCUUUCUUUGUUGCUGGGCGCCCGCCAAUUGCCACGCAGCCCACACCUCCUCUCUGCCGUCACACCCAACGGCGCCAUCGUGAACGCCAUUGGCCUGAGGCACACACCACCAGUUGCGCGACCUGAGCGUGCGAUACGGCAACGUCGGCCGCCAUUCCUGCGCCGGCGAUUGUCUGGACAGCUGCGUCUGAGGGCCAUGCUGCAGUCUGCUACCUUUGUACGUAUGCCGCUGUUGGCGCUCGGGAUGCCGCUGCCCGCUCCGCUGGAAUCUGCGCCAUGGAAUCCUCACCUCGAUCGAGCCCCUGAGCUCUGCGUGAGCAACGAGCACGGCCAGCGGGUAGCAGCCGCGGCUGUGGGGAAAGCUCUCUCUCUCUCCCAUCGCUGCGUCCAGCAGGUGGAGCCUCAGCGGCAUCGCAUCCGGCAUCGUGGCUCCCCAGGCUGGCCAGAAUACGCCGACAGAGAUGAAACAAAGUCGGUGAGAGGCAGACCCGCUGGCUUCGAGUCCGCUGGAGUCGUCGAACUCACGAGCAUCGCAUUCGGCCUCGUCCGGGGCGUCCAACAAGGUACGCUUCGGGCCAUGCACGUUGACAGACGCCAACGCUGCACCUCGAGAAGCACACCAAGGACAGGCCACGCUCUCGCCACGAAACGCAACCCCGAAUCCACCGCGCUACUGCAGGUUCGCUGCACCUCGUAG